CUUAUACAACACAACACAAAUAGUACAUUUAAGCUUACAAGGAGCCUUAAGGAGCCUUCCGGCAAAUUGUGCUUAGAGGUUGAGGAAAGCUUUCCUCUUGCGCCUUGAAUAUAAAAUGCCUCCUCCUCCACCACCCCCACCGUCUGCGCCAAACUUUGAUAGCCCCGAGUAUGACGCUUCUCAACAAAAGCACCAGCCAGGGAACGCGGAACAAGCAGUCCAGGACUUGAUACGCGGCUGCUUCGACGAUGUAUUGCACAAACUUAGUCUUGCAGUGCACGAGCAGAAGGCACACACGCGACAGGCGGGAGAUGCGGUGGACUCAUGCCUCGCUACGUGCCUGGAGGUCAUCCAAAUGCAGUAUCCCGCUCGCGAGGACAACCCAGUAUCGGCGGUAUCUCUAGAACACAGCAGCUGGGAGCAGGAGCGCGCGCCGGACCCGUGCAGCCUGGACUCAUGGCUCCGCUCGGCGCUGCCGGAGGCCGCCCCGCCCGCAGCGAGCAGCAGCGAGCGCGACAGCUACAUCAUGCAGCAGUUCCUCAGCAAGGCGCCCUCCAUCCGCCGCUCCCUGUCGGGCCGCUCCGCCGGCUCAGGAGCCCUGGACGGCGAGGCGGGCGGCGAGGCCGGCGGCGGCGGCGGCAAGGCGGGCGGCGGCGGCGGCGGGCCCGGCACGCCUGAGCGGCACGCGCGCAUGUCGGGCAUGGGGCGCCUGGCGGGUGUGUCCACCCGCUCCAUGCUGCACGCGGGGGCCAGCAGGCGCCACGUGACCAAGCUGGACACCGCCAAGCGCCUCACAGCCGAGCAGGAGCAGCUGGAGGAGCAGCUGCGGGGGGAGCUGCAGCAGCGCAAGACGCAGGAGGAGAUGUCGCGGCGGCUGGAGGCCAAGGACGCAGAGGAGCGCUCCCGGCUGAGCAGCCUGCGCAAGGAGCUCAAGGGCAAGGACUACACAUACGACCACAAGGGUGAGGUGGUGAUCCUGAACGAGUUCGACCCGGACCGCACCCCGCUGGAGGCGCUGUCGGGGCCCGGCUUCAAGGUGGCGGGCCCGUCCGGCGACCUCGGCGACGCCAACCGCGCGCUGAGCCCCAAGCGCCGCGGCCAGUCCAUGCGGAGCCACAGCACGCGCAGCAUGGCGGCUGCGGAGGCGGCGGCGGCGGCGGCGGCGCGCGCCAACAACCAGAUGAGCCCCACCGAGAUGCGCCGGGAGCGGGACAGGCGGCUGGCCAGCGACUUCAAAAAGGUGCAGCCCAAGACGCAGCCCAGCGCCUUGGACACGCUCAUGCCGGCGGGGGGAGUCACGCUGCGGGGCGCCUUGGACACGCUCAUGCCGGCGGGGGGAGUCACGCUGCGGGGCUCCGGCGGCGCCACCAAGUCGGGUCCGGUGCGGCCGGCCCAGGGCGGUCUGACACGGGAGGCCUACGCCAAGGCGGUGGCCAAGAAGGCACACCAGGCGCAGGUGGCGGCGGCGGAGGGCGGCGGCGGCGCGCCUGGCACGCCCAUGUCGCCGCACCGCAUGCCGUCCAUGUUCGGCGGCACCGGCACACGCAGCGGCACCGGCACCGGCGACAUCCUCGCAGGCAGUCUGCGCGGCGCAGCCCUCGGCAGCCGCGGCGUCAGCGUCAGCGGCGCCGCCGCCAGCGCCGGCGGCGGCGUGGGCAGCGCGGCGGCGGCGGUGGCGGCGGCGCGCGCGGCGCUGGCGGAGGAGCGGGCGCGCGACCCGCUGGCCGCCUACGAAGACAUCAACUACGACCCGUUCUCGGGCGCGCGCGCCAAGGCCCGACCUCAGUCCAGCAUGGGCAAACCCAACACGCCCGACGUCAACAUCAGCCUCACAGGCGCCAACGACUGGGGUGCGCCCGGCAACGGCCGCAGCUACGAGGCGCCCCCCGCGCUGCCGCACGCCAAGCCCACAGACCGUCAGCUUGUGGAGACGGUGGGUCGCGGCGAGCGGCUGCCUCGCGAGCGCGCGCCGCUGCCCACGCUGGCUCCUCCGCUGAGCCCCAGCAAGGCCGGCGCCGCACGGAACACAGACCGCCUGCAGUUCACGUCCGUGCUGGCAGAGUAGUGGGGAGGAGGACGAGGAGGGGGGCUGGGGGUUAACUUUGAACCAAUCCCGUAAGGAAACAGUCGCGCUGCAAGGAGAAACUGCAGCCGCAUAUGCGAGCUGUGGUACAUCACAAGAGGUAGUCGGGCGGGCUGGGGGAAGGGGAGGGGGGAGGAGGAGCUGCGCAGUUCCCAUGCGUGCUGGCCGAGUAGGGGUGAUGAGGGGGCCUGGAGGGGUAGCGGGAGGGGUUAACUUUGAACCAAUCCUGUAAGGAAACAGUCGCGCUGCAGUGGGAGGGGGGUCAGCUGCUGUCUGUAAUGGAAGGCGUGGAUAUGUCACAAAUGCCGUGGGGAAGGGCGGAAGGGGGCUGGAGGCGGUGGAGCAGGAGGAGGAGGAGGAGGACGGGGGGAAGGAGGAGGCAUGCAUGUGGGUGCGGGUGCGGGGGGCGUCUGGUGGGGGGCGGUUCAGCAGUGCAUGGGGCAGGCGGCAUGGAUGCAUGGCGCGAAGUUCGUGAUGGUGAGAAUGUGUUGAUUGCGAGCAAUUAGCUGAGUUGUUGAGUCCCGACUUAGCUGAGUCCCGAUCAACAAGCUACGCCCGGCCCAGCCGUGCAUGUGGGUGCCGGCGACUGAGUGGCUGGAGGGCGUGUAAUGGUGCUGCCUUGUGUUGCCUGGUCAUCAGGCGUGUCGCCCUUCUGCCCACUUCACCUGGACUGUGGUGGCCCCCGGGUCCAGAUAGAGCAGCAACGUCAGCGGACGCGGAAGCAGGGAGGAGAGAGCGGUGUGAGAGAUGCUGUUUGUUUGUUUGCGUGGUGCCUACAGGUGCCUGCAGGCUGGAGGUGAGCAGCUGUCGUGGAUCCCGGAUUCCCGGAUCC